AUGGCUCGAGAUCGGUACCUGACCAUCUCCUGGAACAUUCAUAUAAGUGACCCGGAGCAGGAUGCCAAGAAUGACCAAACAAAAGGAACCCCUCAGCAUGAUAAACUGUUCCGACUGAAGCCACUUCUGGACACCAUCCUGAUAGCAUGUAAAACGCACUUCCACCCAAGACAGCACAUUGCCAUAGAUGAAAGAAUGGUGGCAACAAAGGCUCACACAGGAAUGACGCAGUAUAUGAAGGCCAAGCCGACAAAGUGGGGCUUCAAACUUUUUGUCUUGGCAGACAGCAGCAAUGGCUAUACAGUGGACUUUGCUAUUUACACAGGGAAGUCCCAGUUUUCCUCCGGUGUGGGACUAGCAUACGAUGCUGUCCUUUCCCUUGUAAAUCCCUCAUUCCUGGGCGGUGGUUACGAGUUGUAUGUGGAUAAUUUCUACACCAGCCCAAAACUGUUCAUGGACUUGUUUAGCAUGAACAUCGGUGCUUGUGGCACAUACAGGGAUAACAGGAGAGGAUGUCCCCACAUCGAAAACAACUCGAUGAAAAAAAAAGACGAAAGGGGCACAAUACGGUGGAUCAGGGCGGGCCCACUAGUGUUUGUGAAGUGGAUGGAUUCGCGUGAAGUUUCCAUCUGCUCCACCAUCCAUCCGGCUUACGAAGGUGCAACAGCAAGACGGCGCUUCAAAGGUAAUGACGGCAAAUGGGUCACCCGGGACGUUCCAUGCCCUCAGCCUAUUGUGGAGUACAACAAGCACAUGGGAGGAGUUGAUCUGUCAGAUCAACUCAUCCAGUACUACACUAUUCGCCACUCCACCAAACGCUGGUACAGGACCCUUUUUUUUCAUUUUAUGGACAUAGUGGCCACAAAUGCGUACAUUUUACACAAGGAGUUGUGUACAGAAAAGGGAGAGACCCCGUUGUCUCAUUUACGCUUUCUGGAGGAGCUGACAGCCCAGCUGUGUGGUGUGUCGGCCACUGUGCCUCCUGUGAAAGCCCCAGCAGAACACUUACCGGUGCCAGUAUCCCAGCAGGAAGACCCAAGCAGGCGGGCCUCAUAUGGGAGAAAAAGCUGUGUUCACUGCAGAACCACUAAACAGAAAAUUCAAAGCACCCCCUUGGAAGUGUGA